CAUGCACAAUGUAUUCCAAUCCUCGUGAUAAGAGAUAGUGAGUAGCCAAGAGUAUCAUCGAUUCUUGAUUUUCCGACCAUGCCGAUCCACCAAAUCGCGUUCGGGAGCCACGAGGAGCUCCGGCAGCCGGGCAACCUGAAGGCGGCCCUGGCGGAGUUCAUAUGCACCCUCAUUUUCGUGUUCGCCGGCCAGGGCUCAGGCAUGGCCUUCUCCAAGUUGACUAACGACGGCCCUAGCACCCCCUCCGGCCUUAUCGCCGCCGCCAUUGCCCACGCCUUCGCUCUCUUCGUGGCUGUUUCCGUCGGAGCCAACAUCUCCGGUGGCCACGUCAACCCCGCCGUCACCUUCGGGGCCUUCGUUGGCGGCAACAUCACCUUCUUCCGCGGCGUCCUCUACGUCAUCGCUCAGCUUCUUGGCUCCACCGCCGCCUGCUUCCUCCUCGAGUUCGCCACCGGCGGCAUGUCAACUGGGGCUUUUGGUCUGUCCGGAGUGUCAGUAUGGAGCGCUCUAAUCUUCGAGAUUGUGAUGACCUUCGGGCUGGUGUACACCGUAUAUGCCACCGCCGUGGACCCAAAGAAGGGAGAUCUGGGAACCAUUGCACCAAUCGCCAUUGGUUUCAUUGUUGGAGCCAACAUUCUGGCCGGCGGGGCCUUCACCGGCGCGUCCAUGAACCCAGCAGUCUCAUUCGGGCCGGCGGUAGUGAGCUGGACCUGGACCCACCACUGGGUGUACUGGGCCGGGCCCAUCAUCGGCGGCGGGAUCGCCGGCGUCGUCUACGAGCUCUUCUUCAUCACCCACCACACCCACGAGCCCUUGCCCCGUGGAGAAUUCUAAGAACUCAAACUUCCAUUUUCAUUUAUUGUUUGCUUUGUACUUGAGCACUUUUUUCUUCUCAUCUGAUCGUGUACGUUCAUGCUUUCCAGUUAAAUGUUGACUGUACCGCCAUGUUCUUUCUGGGCUUUAAGCUUUAUCUUCUCAUCUCCACUUUCCUUUCUCUUAGUACAAUCUUUCUCCUUGCUAUAAAUGUGUUCUGAAUUGAAGCAUGUGUUUCUAUA